GAGAGCGGACGGAGCGCAGUGACGCACCGGGACCCGGACUUUUACUACGGUAAAGAGAAGCAGAACCGAGCGGAAGGAAGGCAGGCAGGCAGGCAGCAUGGAGCUGUGAGGGCUGCGCGCCGACAGGGACCUGCUCCCCCGAUCAUCUCUGUUUGAUUUAUUGAUUUUUCCGCGUCUGAGAGAUUUUACCCAUCAUGGAGACUACAAUCUGCUGGCUGCUGGUGGCUGCGCACUUCAUCCUCAUCUGCCAACAAGUGGAUGGAUAUGCGUACAGGAAUCAACGCAAGUUCUCAGAAGAAAUCGACUGGUCGUACGCAGGAACGUUAAAUCAAAACAACUGGGCCAAAAAGUUUCCAUCCUGCAGCAACGCCAAGCAGUCUCCCAUCAACAUCGAGGAGAACCUGGCCCAGGUGAAGCUGCAGUACCAGAAACUGAAGUUUGAUGGAUGGGAGAGCCUGACGGGGGACGGGACGACCAUCAAGAAUGACGGCAAGACAGUGGCGGUUAAUGUGGAUGGGGAGUUCUACAUCAGCGGUGGAGGUCUGCGGUCAAAAUUCAAGAUUGGACGAAUCACCUUCCACUGGGGGCGCUGUAACGCCUCCUCAGAGGGCUCAGAACACAGCCUGGAUGGAGUCAAAUACCCUCUAGAGAUGCAGAUCUACUGCUACGAGGCUCAUCGCUUUGGCUCUUUAGAUGAAACCAUCAAGGCUGGAGGAAGAAUCACAGCUCUGGCAGUAAUGUUUGAGACAAGCACUGAAGACAACAUGAACUACGCCGCCAUCAUCGACGCCAUGAACAGCGUUAGCAGAUAUGGAAAAAGUGCUGAGGUUUUACCUUUCACACCACAAGGCCUCCUGCCAAACUCCACAGACAAAUAUUUCAUCUACAACGGCUCUUUGACCACGCCGCCCUGCACUGAGACCGUGGAGUGGAUCGUCUUUAAGAACACUGUGACCAUCUCUGAUGAACAGCUGGAGAUGUUCUGCGAGGUGAUGACGAUGCAGCAGGCCGGAUACGUGAUGCUGAUGGACUACCUGCAGAACAACUACAGGGACCAGCAGCAGCAGUUCAUGGGACAGGUGUUCUCCUCGUACACGGGCACCGAGGAAGUCCUCACACCAGUGUGCAGUUCAGAGCCAGAGAACAUCCAGACUGUGCCUUACAACCUCAGCAGCCUGCUGGUGACGUGGGAGCGACCCCGGGCGGUGUACGAUGCCAGCAUUGAAAAAUACUCUGUCAGCUACGGGCUCGCCAACUCAGAAAACAGCACCCCCACCAUAUACUUGACUGACGGAGACCAGGAUGUGGGGGCGAUACUCGAUGACCUGAUAGCCAACACCAGCUAUGUGGUCCAGGUGGUGGCGGUGUGCACCAACGGUCUGUAUGGACGUGUGAGCGACCUGCUGACCGUCCUCAUGCCCGACCCCGAAAAUUCCCCAGAUCCUGAUGCAAAUCAAUUCAACAUAGAGGAUAAUUAUGAGCCUGAUCUGUCUUGGAAUGAACUGGACCGAACCGAGGACUACGAACUGGCUUUGAUUCCCACAAAUCCACCAAGGACUACGACGCGCGGAUCCGCCUUUUUACCUCCAUCUGGAGUCAAAACCACAACGGCAGAACCUGGGCGGAGAAAAACCACCACUGAUUCAGUUCUGCUGGCCAAAUCCACCCAGAACAGUCCUGUUUUGAGCAUUUCUGAAAAGACAACUGGGCGCAGUACCUCCACUUUGCCGCCAGAUGUCACUGUAUCACCAGGAAAUAAUAAAGGAAGAGCAGAUUUUAGUGGCAAUGCUCCCUUUUAUUCCACAACCAUACCUGGUUCAACAACCACAGAUGGUGCUUUUGGAGGACCAAAACUGCCCAAAGGUGGCGUCAGUACCACUUCUGCUACGUUUACAAGUCCAAAGACAACAGGUGGUAAAAAUUUGACUUCAUACAGCACAACCACAACAACUUCAAGAGCAGGAAACACAAGCAGAACGACGACACCACCCUUCAUCCAACCAAAGACCAACCGAGGAUUAGCUAAUCCAAAAAUUGAUGAAACUACAAGGGAUGCAAGAGUUCCUGCACCCCGUUCGACAUCCGUGCCUUCUUCUCAUAGAACGACUCCCAGCAUGCAUCGUUUCAUGUCUUCCACCACUUCUGUGCGAUUGAGUGGCGUUCUCUUGCAGACCACGCAGCCGCUGCCCAACGGUGAGAGCCCCUCUGUCCUCCCCUUUUCCUCCUCCUCCUCCACCCGCCUGCAUGACCCUCCCUCCUCGUCCUGGCCUCUGUCAUCUGCUUCUGCACCGGACUCCCAGCAUGCCCCGCUUCCUAGCAAAGACCUGGCUCCUUCUGCUCCUUCUGCCUCCACCUUGCCCCACCUCCCUCCCCCUUUGCUCCCCCUGUCUGGUUUGGAGACUCGUCACGUCUCCGCCCUGGGUGAUGUUGGGUUCGAUGAUAGCGAUGGUGAUUUAUUGUCUGGGUCUUCGGCGCUCUCUUCAGGCGAUCCCUCAGCGUUUAGCGACACCCCUCCUCUGCUAGCGGUGCCCGAUCCAUCCGGCACCACCUUUACCGGCUCCUCCUGGGAUUCGCCGCUCUCUGGGGUCUCUCUGUCUCUCACGCCCACCCUUCAACCGUCAGUACUCCUCUCAAGUGACUUUAUCCUCACGACUCCGAGUCUGUCUCGAUCUUUCUCAGCUGGGUUUGAGGACUCCAGGUACGCCACGGGGAGCACGAUCGAGUCGAUUCUCCCUGACAUCAGUGGUGAAGGGUUUCCAUUAGCUAGCGACGUCGACGCCAUGUGCGCCUGCUCUCUGGAGCCAUCCUCCUCCUGGUUGCAUGCCUCCUCCCCCUCCUCCGCUUGGGACUCUGCUAGCUUAGAGCUAUACUCUAGCGUGGCCUUCCAGUCUUUGGCGCCCUCUGGUGUUGGUGUAGAUGAUCUUUUUCGCUCUCUGUCUGUGGCGGGUCCUGAUUCGCCAUCUUUAGAUCAGCCUCUUCUCCCCCAUAGCGCUAUCUCCCCUAGUGACCUCCCCGUUUCUGUUGCAGCCACGGCAUCUGGUGUCAAGGAUCCCACAGCCUUCCUUUUCACCCCCACCCCCACUCCAGAUGGACAGGCGUUUGACGCGAGCAGCAGCGCCUCAGGUUCGGCCUUGUUCCCCGACUCCCAAGAGGGUGUAGAUCAGGAGUGGGACAAGGUUCAAAGCUCAGCCUCUGGAGAGAGCGCGCUCCCUUAUUCCACCACAGUCACAAGUACCGUUUCCUCAUCUACCCCCGAGUCCGGUCAGACCCCUGACGAUCUGGAUGACCGCUCCUCAGCGUUUUAUUUUGAAAGCGAGAGUGGUAGUGCCAGCACCUCAGAGGCAGCAAGCACAGUGACGCCGAGCAUCCCUGAGAUAACCUCUGCUUCGCCCUGGUCGCUGGGCGGAGAGGAGGAGAGCGGCUCAGGGCAGGGCGAGAGCCUUUAUGACAACGAGACAUCAUCAGACUUCAGUCUCUCCGAUCGCACAGAGAGAGAGUCAGAGGAAGAGGAGCCAGUCGCAGACGCCAGCAACAGCAGCCACGAGUCGAGGGUCGGGUCAAUCCGGGACAGAGAGAGGAAGGCUGUGGUUCCUCUGGCCGUCAUCUCCACCCUCACCGUGCUGGGCCUCAUCGUCCUCAUCGGCAUCCUCAUCUACUGGAGGGCCUGUUUUCAGACGGCUCACUUCUACAUCGAGGACAGCUCCUCACCCAGAGUCAUCCCUGCUCAGUCCAACGCCACACUGGAUGAAGAUGAACAAACAGUGUUCCCAGUGAAGGACUUUGUCAAACACGUAGCCGAGCUUCACGACACCCAGGGAUUUCAGCGGGAGUUUGAGAUCCUGAAGGAGAGUUACGAGGAGGUUCAGGCAUGCACGGUGGACAUGGGGAUGACGACGGACAGCUCCAACCACCCCGACAACAAAACCAAAAACAGAUACAGCAACAUCCUGGCCUACGACCACAGCCGAGUGAGACUCUCGCCGCAGGCCGACAAAGACGGGAAAACGAGGGAUUACAUUAACGCAAACUUUGUGGAUGGUUUUAAGAAGCCACGGGCGUACAUCGCCGCUCAGGGUCCUCUACGGUCAAGCACAGAGGAUUUCUGGAGGAUGGUUUGGGAGCAAAACAUCAGUGUUGUCGUCAUGAUCACAAAUCUGGUGGAGAAAGGACGAAGGAAAUGUGAUCAGUACUGGCCAGCUGAUGUGCAGGAGGAGUACGGCAGCUUCCUGGUGACGGUGAAGAGAAGCCGAGUGCUCGCCUACUACACCCAGAGGACGUUUACCGUCAGGAACAUUCACGCCAAAAAGGGAUCACAGAAGGGUCGGAGCAACGAGCGGACGGUGACACAGUUCCACUAUACCCAAUGGCCAGACAUGGGCGUCCCAGAGUUCGCUCUGCCGCUCCUCAGCUUUGUCCGCAAAUCAUCGAAAGCCAAGAAAGACGACACGGGAGCGGUGGUGGUUCACUGCAGUGCUGGCGUUGGUCGGACGGGCACCUACAUCGUUCUGGACAGCAUGCUGAAGCAGAUCAGAGACGAAGGCACCGUCAACAUCACAGGCUUCCUCAAACACAUCCGCACACAGAGGAACUACCUGGUCCAGACAGAGGAGCAGUACAUUUUCAUCCAUGAUGCUUUGGUGGAAGCCAUCCUCUCUGGGGACACAGAGGUGAUGGGGACUCACCUGCACAAGUACGUGGACGAGCUGCUGACCCCAGGGCCUGCUGGGAGGACGCGUCUGGAGAAACAGUUCAAGCUGGUUUGUCACUCUGGGGCGAAGCAGUGUGAUUUCUCUGUAGCUCUGCAGGACUGCAACCGCAGCAAGAACAGAAACUGCUCCGUGAUACCUGUGGAGAGGUCGAGAGUACGUCUGUCCACGUCAGCAGGAGAAACGUCAGACUACAUUAACGCAUCUUACAUCACAGGUUACAGGCAGAGCAGCGAGUUCAUCAUUACCCAGAAUCCUUUGCCAGGCACCAUAAAAGACUUCUGGAGGAUGAUCUGGGACCACAAUGCCCCAGUCAUCGUGACACUGCCAGGCGGGACUGAGGAGGAGGCGGGACAAAGUGGUAUAUGGCCCCGCAAAGGUCAGCCAAUUAGCUAUGAGAUGUUCACUGUCACUCACAAAAGUGAGAAUAACAUCUGUCUGGCUAACGAGGACAUGCUGGUGGUCCAGGAUUACACACUGGAAGCUACACAGGACGACUACGUCCUGGAGGUGAAACACUUCCGCGCCCCCCACUGGCCAAACCCCGACAGCCCCAUCAGCAACACCUUUGAGCUCCUAAACCUGGUGAAAGAGAAGAGCGCCACCAAGGACGGACCAACGGUGGUCCAUGAUGAUGUGGGCGGAGUCACAGCCGGAACGUUCUGCGCUUUGUCGUCUCUGACUCGCCAGCUUGAAAUUGAGGGUUCGGUCGAUGUUUUCCAAGUGGCAAAGCUGAUGAAUCUCAUGAGACCAGGACUCUUCAGUGACAUAGAGCAGUACCAGUUCCUGUACAAAGCCAUGCUGAGUCUCAUUGGGACGCAAGAAGACGAGGAAACCCUUCAGUCCUCCGACAUCAACGGUACCAUUGUGGUGGGAACUGCCAGCACUGCCGAGAGCCUUGAAUCGCUGGUUUAACCGCCUCACAAAGAACUCAUUUCAUUUUCACACCUGAGCGACAGCAUUUAGUCUCUCCUCUUCAACCACCAACAGGACUUCUCCUGAUGCCAGACUUGCACUACGAUAAAACCACUCCUGGUUCAGGACUCUGUGUUGCAGUCUGAGUCUGGCAUUUACUGAACUCAUUUCUUCUUUGCUGGAUCUGGACUCCCUGCGGUUUUGUAAUGUGUGCCUUUUUGUAUUUUUCAUCCUGUACUUUUUAACUUUGAUACGAUCUGUAGACUAACUGUCUGAUGUUUUAACUCUUACCGCCCUGAGACGUUUCACUUGACUAACACUUUUCCUAGACCUUUGUAUUUAUUGGCACUGAGCCAAAUGGGAUAAAAAGGGAAAACUGCAUCUUUUUACAUCAAAUGACAUAUUUUGUUAGCUUGUCUUUUAUAGAACUCCUGCACUGAAAUCCUUUCUGUAAAUACCAUCACAACAGUAGCAGCAGUGUGCUGUUGAAGUUGAAUAUUAAAAGGGCCUGGAAUAAUAAAAAUAAUAAUCUAAUGUAAAUAAUAUUAUAGUAAUCAACUUGAUGGACCAAAUUUCUAUUUAUACUUUUAGAUUUUUUAUAUUUUACCAUUUUUAGUGCAUUCAAAUGUUAUGGUUUCAUUCUAAUUGUGUAGUUGGAGAACAUUAAUGCUUUUAUACUCUGGAUUUUGUAACAGACUAAAUGUGAUGCAUGGGGUACUGACAUGUUUGUUUUUUUAGCUGGACAUGAAAACACUGCUGGAUUAUUAGCUAGGGGAAUAAAUAAGUGA